GUCACUGAUGGCGUCAGAGGCGCUGAGACGCGCGCGCUGAUUCGGAGAAUAGUCGUUCCUGGAACUCAGGCGGAAUCAGCACACCAGAGCCCGCAGUUGUUUCGACUGCACACUUUUAGGCUGGUAACACGCUUCAUUAGCGCAAAUCGUACCGGAUGCCGUUUCAGACACAUCUUCGCUCCUGUGUUAUUCAUUUAUAACGUCUGCGAUUCUCUCAAAGAGAGCUGCGGUCCUGUUAAUGCGCCUCGGGGCAGGAAGGGUUUCAGAUCGCGGCGAGGCACCGAGUCCCGACCGGCAGCAGCUCAGGAGCGACUGAGAAACUUUACCACAAGUUCUCGAGGAACCUGACUGAAGCUUUUACUCAUACAAUGAUCCUCUGCGUUCAAGGAGCUCUGUUAGGAGACUCGCAGUUUCAGGUGGUUCCUCUCGGGGUUUCAGUUAUCUCGUCGUCAUCAGCACGUUGCCUUCACAGCACCCCCAAGUUCUGGGACCCCAACAAAGACCUGUGCACCAUCACCAGCAACUUUUGUUACCUCGAUGCAUCAGGGUGGUACUGGGGCACCAUUACAGCCAGCGAGGCCCAUUCACUCCUUGAGGCAGCACCAGAGGGUACUUUCCUCAUUAGGGACAGCAGUCAUCCUCUCUACAUGCUGACCCUAUCUGUCAAAACUGGACGUGGCCCCACUAAUGUGCGCAUCGAGUACAAUCACGGGCGCUUCCAGCUCGACUCGAGUUCCCCAGCACGAGCACGUCUCCUCUCUUUCCCUGACGUUCUGAGUCUGGUGCAGCAUUACGCUACCUCAGCAAGGGGAUGUGACACACCUCAGGACAAUGAGUGUGAUCCAGUAACUCCCCCGGUACCUAAGGAGUGUGCUGUGCUGCUCAAGCUGAAACAUCCACUCCGCCAGCCCAAGGCUUUUCCAUCUCUACAGCAUCUUGCACGCUUGGCAAUUAAUCAGUACACAGCCUUCCCUGAGAAGCUGCCUUUACCGAAGCCAUUACUGCAGUACCUACAGAAGUACCCUUUCAAGCUCUGACAUCACCAUGGAAACACCGACUUGAACAUAAAAGAGAGGAUGCUGAUGUCAUUAAUGAAAAUGAUGCAGAUGAAAGCUCGUUUUGAGACAAAUGGAGCUUUGGCUCACUAACCAAUAUUGGUGGCUAUAUUUAAAGCUCAAGAACACCUUUUUUCCUUUGGACUUGUACUUAAUUUAUGAUUUGGACAAUCUUUGUUUUCCUGUGGGAUAAAUAAUAUUUUCUUUUCUCAAAUGGUGACUACAUUGGAAAUUUACUGGAACCUAACAGCAUUUCAAACAACAACCAAAAGAACGUUUUUAGCUUACUGAUGUCAGCAUUUUAAUAUUUAAAAGAAAAAUAGACAUGGUUUAACUCAUUGAACCUUUAAAAGACUUGAAGACUACUGUAUGUUCAAUUUUCCCUUCAACAUAUAGCCGGUCACAUCACUUAUCUACAGUGUUUGAUUUAAAAAAAAAAAAAAGAAAAGAAAGAAAGCUACACUGCCCAGUUUUUCCCCUGGUUUUAGCUAAGAGGUUAAUAUAGCUAAUUAACUGACACAUAUAGAGGUGUUUUGGCAUAAACUCCAUGCCUAAAUCAUCGCACACUUUGCCUAAAUCUAUGGUGUCAUUUGAAAUAGAAUUGGUACUGUGAUUUCAUACAUUGUAUGACACUCUCUUCCUUUUUAUUUUUUUAAAUAAGUAAAUACCGACAUUGCAACAUUGAAGACAGUAAUUUUUAACCUUUAACAUUAAUUUAAACAUUGAAGACCACGAUUUCCUCAGAUUUUUUUUCCUCAGAGAAUAUCACUCUGCACUAUAAUUAGAUUUGGACUAGCUAACUUUAGCUAGCUAAAAAGUGAUCCAUAUAAAACAAGAUAACAGGAUAUAUAGAUAUACCAAUAUAAAACCAAAAUAAACAAUGUUUACUUCAGGUUUACUGCUCAGAGGUAGAUUUCACAGAAAGAAAACAACAAAACAGCAGAUUUAGGUGUGUUUUUAUGAUUACAUAUACGAAUCCUGACGACAUCUUUGAAAAUCUUUUUUUUUCUUUGUAUUUAGAACACAAACAAAACAAUUGUAGCUAGUUGACUUAGGCCAGCUAGUUACUGUUUACAUUAUCAACAUGCUCACACAAACUUUGAAAUCUAAUAGUAAUCUUUUAAUUUAUUGUUAUUUUUUAAAGUCAUGUAAUGAUUUUUUUUUUGUUUAUAGGAACCAUUACUUAGUCAGAUAUCCUUUUUGCUGAGCAUGCGAUUAUUUUGGAGUUCCGUUUGCACAGUGCUAAACUAGCGACUAGCCUGUCUUUCUUGUUAGCUACAAAACUCAAGGAGCAAACACAAAAUUCUGGGGCUCACAGUUAAUGAAAAAAUGCGUACAUUUCAUUUUUGGCCUUAAGUCCUUAAGUUUAAUAAAGAGACAAUCAAGGGUGAGGGGCUGCCAGUGAGCACUACAGCUUGCAACAUGGCUGCCCGAUUCAAACCAACAUAAAGUCAAAGCACUGUGAUGUCUCGCUUUCUUUCCUUUUUACUUUUUUCUAUGCGAAAUUCGUUCUGGUACGUACUACUAUAUAAUCAGUCCAGAAUAAUUUAUUUUUUUUCUAUCCCCACAAUGUGGGUGUUUGUAUAUAUUUAUGGACAAAGAUCCUUUUUAUUUUGUAAUAAAAGAAAAAUACUGAA